UUCAAAAACCCUAGUAGCAACUGCCUCUCAUGGCGGUUAUACGGUUUCCCCACUUCUGCAAACUAAACCAGGAAGAAGAAGAGAGCAACAGAGAGAACCAAAGGAGGAGAGGAGAGAGAGAAGAAGAAGAAGAGAGUUAGGAAAGAGGAUGAAUUCCGGCGAGAAGUUAGAAUCUACAGACACCCAAACAAUCGAAAGGCAACCAAGCCUGGAAAGCUCAUCGCCCUUUGACCCCCACUGCUCACAAAACCGACGAAGGAAGCGCUCGAAACCAGGCCGUCCCCCCUCCAAAACUGGCACCACCCUACCAGAGAGGUCCAAUACACAACCCCAAAGUUAUAGCGCACAACCGGAGAGCUCCACCACCCCAAUUGAGAGCAUUGCGACAACCUCCACGCCCCCUACCCGACGCCCAAGUUACCGAAAAACUCCCGCCUUCACGUCCUCUGCCCCCAAAAUCACGCGCCCAUGCACGGAAUGUGGCAAAAGAUUUUGGUCAUGGAAAGCCUUAUUUGGCCAUAUGAGAUGCCACCCUGAAAGACAAUGGAGAGGAAUAAACCCCCCUCCCCACCUUAUAAGAAAUCCUCCACCAACACCACCUCCUCCACCACCACCGCUUAGUCUCGAAGAGCAAGAUAUAGCAAGAUGCUUAGUCAUGAUGUCAAAUGAUGAUGAAAAUGAAAAUAAUGAGUUGUCCCUCUCUCUAAGCCUCGCACCGCCCCCUGAGCCAGUUGACCAUAGUCGGUUCGAGUGCUCUAGUUGUAAGCGUGUGUUCGCUUCACAUCAGGCGCUAGGAGGGCACCGGGCGAGCCAUAAGAAUGUGAAAGGGUGUUUUGCGAAGGGCGAAGGGGAAGAUACGGAGGAAUUGAGAGGAGAGGUGGAGAGGAAGUUGGGCAAAGAGGAAGAGACGGAGAGGAGGAGAUUGAGCAAGGAGGAAGAAAGAGAAGAGAUGGAGAGGAGGAGGAGGAGGUUGGGUAAGGAGGAAGACAGAGAGGAGAUAUUUAGGAGCAUGGGUAAGGAGGAAGGGAGAGAAAACAUGGAGAGGAAGAGGAAGGAAGUAGGGUUAGCUUUGGUUCAUCACUGUGAUGUUUGCAAUAGGGUUUUCUCUACUGAUCAGGCAUUUGGUGGGCACAAGAGGUGCCAUUGGAGUGGGGAGGAGCAACUUCUAGAGAGACAAACUAGUGGGGAGAUGGGUUUUGAUCUGAAUAUGCCUGUCCCAUUAGAGGAACAUGGGUCCAGUUCAUAUGGUGUGGUUUUGGACCUCAGAUUAGGGUUAGAAGAGCCCAUGAGAGAGAAUUUGGUGGAACCCACUGGAGAGAAUUUUAGGUUAGGGAUAGAAGAUCAGAGAAGAGAGAAUUUAGUGCAACCCACUAGAGAGAAUUUUAGGUUGGGGUUAGAAAAGGCCAAAAGAGAGAAUUUGGUGCAACCCACAAGAGAAAAUUUUAGGUUAGGGAUAGGAGGGAUCAAGAGAGAGAAUUUGGGUCAAGAGGAGGCAGGGAAAGAUUGGUUGGUUUUGUGACACUACUAUUCUUUUUUGCAGCCAUUACUGAUUCUUUCUUGUGCUUGUAACACUAAUUCUUUCACCUCUUAAAAGAAGGAAACCAAAUUUACUUCUUACUUCUCUUGUAUGAUUAAGACCACUCUUUUUUCCUUUAAUCUAGA